UAUAAAUUGUUUUAAGGUAUCCACAAUAUAAGUAGGCAACUACAAGUAUCAGGUUAAGUACUGAAAAUGUUAGUCUCGCCCUCGCCCGCUUGCUUACCUAGCAUUUAGUGCAGUAGAUUCUCCUAAAGAAACUAUUUACCUCAACCUCAGCUAACAUUACUACUGGCAAACAUCUAUAAUUUACAACGAUGGAUUCAUCAUCUGAUGAAGAAGAGGUACUGAAACUUGCGCAGUCAGUCGAUAAGGAAUUUUUAAAUGAUUUUAUGUUCAAGGGGGAGCCAAAUGAUGGUGAAUCUACAAAUGUAAUAUCCAAACAUUUGCCAUCUUUGAGAUAUUCCAAUGCUGACGGUGUUUACCAACAUAAUAUUAACGGACUUGAUGUCACUCCAGAGUUCCAAAAAUAUGUAGCCAAACAUCUUUCGAAAAUGUUGGACCAAAAUUUGAAAGAAGUAGAUUUAACAAGAAAACUAGGUAUAGUGAAAAGAAAAACAAGUGAAGAACACAUAGGUGUAAGACUGCUUUACUCGUCUCAUAAAUUCAUUUCCACUGAAAAGGUAGUUGACACAAGUGGAGCUCACAAUGCAAAUUACAAGAAACAAGCUAGGCCUAAAGACAUUGACAGUGAAGAAGAAAAUAAUCGAGUGUCGCAAUCAGCCGUGAGUUCAGAAUGGAUUUUGAGCGGAGAAGCCGUGAAAGGCUGGGUUAAAAGUACCAAAGGUGUAGUGAUACCAGGUGUCCUUAAAGAAAAUGUUAAAGACAAUGGACCUAAAAAAAGUAAAAAGUGAAACUUCAGUCAGAUCUGAUAGAAUUUUCUGUUAUAAUUUAACCAUUGCCUUUAUUGAAGCAUAGGGUGAAUAAUGGUUUGUUUGAAACUUAUUUUGUAAAUUAUACUGGCCUAUUUGUUUAGUUUCAAUAAAUUAAAUUCAACAAAUUAGUAUCUGUGUUUAAAUUAAUGUAGGACCUAAAUCUUAAGACUAAUAUGCUAGGCUAUCGAGUUACAAUGUUUAUGAUCAGGCACUAAGUUAUUGGGGACAGCAGUUGAUUCCAUUAACCUCCAAGUUAUAGUCUUACUUUGGCUUUAUAGAAAUAAUUUUACUGCCACACAUUGUUAUCAGCUCAAUCCCAUUGUGGUCAAGCAGCAGUAAGGUGACACAUCAGUGCAAGCGCUGAUUGAUUUAUAUGCAUGUAAGUUAGGUCUCAUUCUUUGAAGAUGCGAUCAAA